CCGUCCCAAACACGUUAGAAAAUAUUUAACAUCUCAACCCGGCGUCGGGUACAGAUUACCCGGGGACAACCACAGAUAAUACGCUCUGAACCCCGCCGAAAGGAGGGACUUUUCCGCCGCCGGACAACUCUUUAUUCCGAGGGUUGGAGAGUUGAGGAGCGCGGCGGUGCUCGGCUGGGUGUUCGCGGCGGCGUUAGCCAAACGGCACCCGAAGCGGCAACGCGAGUAGGAAGGAAAAGGGGGCAUUUUUAAGUAGCUUUUAACCCAGCUGAAGAUAUAAACCACCGGGACCAGCCUGUCGUCGUCUCCCGCCGCCUCCACACCGGCUGUCAAGCACCGAGGAGCGGACUAACGAAGCAGGCUAACUUCAGCUAGCUAACCCGGCUAGCCGUGUUGUGAACUGUUGGCUCAAAGCGCUGCUCAAAAUGCCACGGAGUAAAAAAGGGAAACGUGGCUCCAGUAAGCCGGGCUCUCUUCGUCAGGAGGUUCUUCAGCUGCAGUUGUCGGCUAAAGCGUCGCUGAAAGGUGCUAAAAAUGGGAUGAAGGGAGAGUCGGCGGCCAGCGACGAUGAGCUGACGUCUGAUAUUCUCAGCCACUACAGCAGCGCCAGCGAAACUGCCUCUGUGCUGGAAGAGGGAACAGGAGGUGAGCAGGUGGACGAGCAGACUGCGCAGGAGGAAACUGAAGACAAACUCAAACAGUGUAUAGACAACCUGUUGGAUAAGAGUGCAAAGACUCGUCUCGCGGCCCUCGAGUCACUGCGACUGGCCUUUUCCUCCAGAGUGCUGUAUGACUUCUUGACCGAGAGACGCCUCACUGUCAGCGACUGCCUGGAAAGGAGCCUUAAAAAAGGCAGCGGGGAGGAGCAGGCAGCAGCAGCCACAGUCUUCGCCCUGCUCUGCAUCCAGCUGGGGGGCGGAGACGAGGCGGAGGAGGGCUUCAAGAUGCUUCGUCCUAUCCUCACUGCCAUCCUGAUCGACAGCAGCGCCAGCAUCGCAGCUCGCCAGAGCUGUGCCAGGGCUUUGGGAAUGUGCUGUUACGUCUCGGCUGCUGAAGAUGGAGAGGACUUGAUCAAGUCUUUGGCCCUGCUGGAGAGCGUCUUCAUGUCUUCCUACCCCAACAGAGAGGGAACGCUGCCCACACCCAAACCUGGUAGUUCAGGCCUCCACAGUGCAGCCCUGCAGGCCUGGUCGCUGCUGGUCACCCUGUGUCCCGCUUCCAGACUGACUGUGCUGCUCGAUCUUCACCUCCCUAAACUGCAAGUGUGUCUCCAGAGCAGUGACGUUAACUACAGGAUCGCAGUGGGAGAGACCAUCGCUCUGCUGGUGGAGCUGGGACGAGAGAUAGACGAGGACUUUGAGGUGGACGACAGUGAAAGUCUGUGUGAAUGUCUGAAGAGUUUAGCGACAGACGGCAAUAAACACAGAGCCAAGAACGACAGAAGGAAGCAGCGCUCCAUCUUCAGAGAGGUGCUGCAUUACAUAGAGAAUGAGGACUUCACAGAGGAGAGGAUCAGGUUUGGAGUGGAGAACGUUUACAUCGACAGCUGGAUGAGGAGAAGAAGCUACGAUGCCUUCAAGGAAAUCCUCGAGUCUGGAGUCAGACACCAUCUACAGUUCAACCCACUACUGAGAGACAUCUACGGCCUCGGUGCCCCCCUCAUCCUGGACGCUGCUGUCAAAGGCAACAAGAUCUCACGGUUUGAGAAGCAUCUUUUCAACUCAGCUGCCUUCAAAGCCAGAACUAAGCAGAGGAGCAAAGCCAGAGACAAACGUGCUGACGUCAUGUGAGAGAAGGUUGAUAAACGGAGAAAGCGAGGAACUCUUUGGACUUUACUGAGAAGGAAACAACACGAUGCCUUCAACUUUCAGACACACAAACACUCAACAAACAGGGUUUUUCCACUCGUGCUCUUCACAUGCAAAUGAAUUCUCCAAAUUCAAGACGGCCAACAUUUAUCCCUCCCCCUUAGCGGCCUUGGCGCUCUUGGAACAAUUGUAUUGUUCUUUCUGGCAGGCUUUAGCUUUUCACUCAUUGUUGACGCAGAAUGGAGCGAAUCGGAAAUCAGCAGUUGUGAUGCUUUUAAGUCAACAACUGUAAAAGUAAAAACCUCUAAUGUGGUAUUAAAAUGAACUUGAGCGUGUAUUUUCAGUGCAAACAUGUCAGGAAGGCAUUAUUUUAUCAACAAAAAUACACAAAGUAUUUUAUCUCAUGUAAGAAUCAGACGCUAUGAAGCUGUAAAGUGCAUUUUGGACCUGCAGAACUGUCCCUGGUGCUGCUGGGUGUUGUUUUUGAUACUCGGCUCAAACUGCUGCUCACUUGAUGGUCAGUCAGUUAUUUUUAAUUCUAAUUACUUUUUCCUGGACACAGCAGGUCCUAGUUAUUGCCUAAAGAGAAUCAGCUUCUGUAAAGGAAAAACAAAAAAAACAGAGCCAAGGAAAUGUUCUGGAUAAACUGUCCAGACUAAUGAAUCCCCGUCACUCCCUCAGUCGUCCUCUGUGGCUCCUUCAGCUGCCAAAUGAGAAAAAAAAAAAAAGAACACAGACUUUACAAACAAUGCAACCUAAAAGAAACUGUGUGAGGUGUUUGUGUGAGAGCGUGUUUUAUUUGAAUUUUAUUUAAUUUAACCAUGAAAUAAAACACCUAAUCAUAUAAACAAGAAGAUGCCUAAUUAAAGAAAAUGAAAUCAAAGAGG